AUGACUCCGGCCGCUUCACAUAAAGGCCAUCACAGGAGAACUUCAUCUUUAUGGAGACCGCCGACACGACCAGUGCUUUCCAAUGGAGCGCACCUCAUUAGAGAAAAAGCGGAAACAAGCGGACGGGCACUUAAACAACUCAUCCCAUUUUCAAGAUGGAUUUUCGAUCGAGGACCCAGAACGAUCGAGUUUCGAACGAUUGAUCCAAACAAUCUCCCAGAAGCGCCACCAAGAUAUGAACAAUCGAAUCCAAAAUUCGCGACGAAUCGCAUUUGCACCACCAAGUACAGCCCGCUCACGUUUUUUCCGAAAAAUCUUUUUGAACAGUUCCAUCGCCUCGCCAACGUCUACUUUGUGUUCAUUGUGAUUCUCAAUUGGGAAAUCGGUUUAUACGGUAGAAUGUUAGCUCCAAUUCCUAUCGUGUUCGUGCUAGCGGUGACGGCGAUAAAAGAUGCGCUUGAGGAUUAUCGUCGCUACAAAUCCGAUCAAAAAAUCAAUCAUCAAACAUGUCGUGUCUGGGAUUCGCGCGAGAAAAGAUAUCGAAAGAUGUUUUGGAAACAUAUUUUGGUUGGGGAUUUUGUUCAUCUUUCACACGAUGAGAUCAUUCCUGCUGAUAUGCUCCUAUUACGGAGCAGCGAUCCUUCAGGAAUCUGUUAUGUGGAGACAUCAAACUUAGACGGAGAGACAAAUCUUAAGCAACGAGUCGCUAUUCAAGCCAUGGCAAAGUAUCAUUCACCCACUGUGCCUCUAGAGUUUAGCCCUGAGAAUUUCAAUUAUAAAGUGAUAGUUGAGGAGCCGACUGAAGAUUUGCAUCGAUUUGAGGGACGAUUGGAAGUGCCUGAUGGAGAGCCACCAUUAGCUCGAGAAAAUACCUUACUUUCAAAAAACAAUGUACUCCUUCGUGGUUGUAUGAUUAAAAACACGGAUUUCGUUGAAGGAUUGGUGAUUUAUGCAGGAUCGGAGACAAAAGCUAUGCUAAACAACAGUGGAACAAGAUACAAAAGAAGCUCUCUUGAAAAGUUAGCUAACUGGGAUAUUAUUUGGUGUGUGUUGAUUCUGUUGAUCCUUUGCUUGAUUGGAGCCGUUCUUUCUGCUGUCUGGGUUGAGCAAUAUAAAAUUCCCGAUCAGAUACCAUUUCUUGUUCAAAUCUUUGGAGUAACUGGAUCCAAUUAUCCUGGGCGAGUCGAUCUCUGGUCGGAGGGAUGGCAUAACUUUCUCACAUUUAUCAUUGCUCUACAAGUGAUGAUCCCAAUUUCGUUAUAUGUUUCGAUCGAAAUCAUCAAGCUUGGCCAAAUUUGGUUGAUUUGCAAUGAUUCAAGAUUGUACUAUGAGAAAAAGGAUAAGAAAAUGGAGUGCAGAGCAUUGAAUAUUCCGGAAGAGUUAGGUCAAAUUCAAUAUGUGAUGAGUGAUAAAACAGGGACAUUAACAGAGAACCAGAUGAUCUUUCGUCGUUGCUCGGUUGCGGGGAAAGAUUUCGGUGGGAUGAGUGUCGUGUCAGAGGAGAGCUCAGCAAAACCUUUAAAAGAAGGAAUCUCAAGAGAUCGUGGACUUGAGAAUUUGAUCAUUACUGGCCUUAAAAAUGGAGAAUCAGUGACCUCGACCUCACCAAUAGUUCCGCUUUUUCUCACUAUGUCCAUUUGCAACACCGUUGUCGUGAACUCCAAGCCACACGAGGAUCUUAUGGAUGAAGAAGGGGAAAUCAUCACAUCACCGUUAGACAAAAACAAAUCUCAGAGGGAUUUCGGUGCCGAUAAGCCAAAGCAACAAGUGCAUUUUGCUGCAAGUGAUGAGAAUCAAACACCUGGUCGAAAUACGCCAGACUCUUUAGAUUCCAUUGAACUCAUGGAAAUCAAUACCCAGGAAACUAACGAUCGGAAUAGUCUAGGCAGCUUAAAAGAUGUCAAGGAAAUCGAGACUCGUUUUGAUGAAGAAGAAGAAAAAGAGAUAAAGGAAGAGAAAACGGAGAAAAAGGAAGAAACAAAAACAAGGAGGUUACCGGGAAUCCUUUCCAAAUCACCCACUUCACUUCUCAAUUUAUCUUCUAGGUUGAAGAACUUUACACCUUUUAAAAGAAACUCAUCCAAGGGAACAGUUUCAAUCACCUCUGGAGAAUCACCGCCAGUUCUAUCAUUUUAUGACUCGGAGAGUCCCGACGAGCUAGCCCUUGUUGAAGCUGCUAGAGAAUAUGGAGUUCGCUUACUCAAACGACAUUUUGAUGAAAUCAUCGUCUACACAAGAACGAAUAGCAAUCAAAUGCGUUUCAAACUUUUGCAUACACUGGCUUUUGAUGCUGAUCGAAAAAGAAUGUCAGUUAUCGUUCGAGAAAUUCGAAACAACGACUCGAAUCGAGAAGGACCAGUGGUUCUCCUUUGCAAAGGAGCUGACACAACCAUUUUACCGCUACUUUCCGAAGAGUUUUGCACUUCUGAAAUCGGUGGUGAUAGAGUACACAUGGCUCAACUGCAUCUCUCCGAUUAUGCCCGUCAGGGUCUGCGAACAUUGUGUCUCGUGAGAAAAGUUCUGUUAGAAGAAGAGUAUCAAGCUUGGAGGGCUCAACACGAGGAAGCGGAAUUGGCUGUGCAUGGGAAAGAGGAAAGGAUUGCAUUGUCAGCAGCGAGUAUCGAGAAAGAUUUUGAACUGCUUGGAGUGACAGCAAUUGAAGAUCGUUUACAAGACGGAGUACCCGAAUGCAUUCAAGCACUUCGUGAAGCCGGCAUUCAAGUUUGGGUUCUUACCGGUGAUAAAUCGGAAACUGCAAUCAACAUUGCCUAUUCUACUCGAUUAUUUUUUGAUUCAAUGGAUUUAUUAAAUAUUCAAGCAAGCGGUAUUCGAGCUGUCUCCGAUCUUAUCGAUCUUUACUUAGAGCGAACGGAAAGACGAUCCACCAUUUCUACAUUUGGUCUUGUCCUAAAUGGACCUUGUCUGGAUUGUUGUUUUGAUCCUUUUAAUCUAGAUCGUUUCAUCAAUUUGUUAAAAAGAUGUCGAUCCGUGUUGUGUUGUCGAUCGACGCCACUUCAAAAAGCAGCUCUAGUCAAUCUAGCAAAGCAUCAUUUAAAAGGAAAAGUGUUAGCGAUUGGUGAUGGAGCGAAUGAUGUCAGUAUGAUACAGGGAGCCGAUGUCGGAGUGGGUUUAUCGGGUCAAGAGGGUAUGCAAGCUGUGAUGGCAAGCGAUUAUGCUAUGGCCAGAUUUCGUUUUUUGGCUCCACUUCUUCUCGUGCACGGGCAUUGGUGUUACAAUCGUCUUGCCAAUACAAUACUCUAUUUUUUCUACAAAAAUGCUAUGUUCGUGUUUGUCAUUUUCUGGUAUCAAAUCUUCUGCGGGUUCUCUUCUCAGUCUAAUAUGGAUCCUUUCUAUUUGCUUGUCUAUAACUUAUUAUUCACUUCAGUUCCUCCACUACUUUACGGGUUUCUUGAGCAAGAUGCAUCAUAUGAUAUGCUUCUCGAAAAUCCGGCAUUCUACGACGCGGGUAGAUUGGGAAAGAAAUACAAAUGGUAUUCGUUUUGGUUAAACAUGCUGGACGCUGUCUGGCAAAGUGCCGUCGUUUUCUGGAUUGCUUACGGCGCCUACGAACAUGCGAAACUCGAUAUCUGGACGCUGGGAACGCUACAAUGUGCUCAACUUCUUCUUGCCAAUUCCGUGCACCUUGCAUUGAUCUCGCAAUACUGGGCCUGGCCAUUGCUCUUGUCACUGGUUGGCUCAAUCAUUUUCUUCUGCCUCUUUGCCGCUGUCUACAAUCUGCUCCCCGUUUGGCUUAUCACUAGUAUGCUAAAUGUAGCUGAUCCGCCAAUAAUGAUAUUUCAACGAGCCGUGAUGAUGCCCCGUUUCUGGCUGGUACUUCUUUUAUCAACUGUGCUCUGUAUGACGCCAAGAUUAACAUGGAUUGCCAUUCGAAACACAUAUCAUCCGUCAAGGGCUCUAGUGAGACGAAUCGAAACCAAAGAAGAAACCCAACAGUCGCAAAGUCCAACUUAUAGCUUUAAUCGAGAAAGAAUCGAAAUCAAUAACGCG